UCUGCUUGGACCGUACUUAAGGUGCUGCGAAGUAAACUACAAAAGUGCGACUUAACUACAAAGACGUUUCGUUAAAUCCUUGAGGGAUAAAACGCCCAGUGACAAGGAUUUUGGACUAUGCGACGUGCCGUAGAUCGUCCAGUGUUUGCUACAUCACAGUUAGCCCGAGUUAGCCUCACUGGUAGAUAGCAUCGAUUUAUGUUCAGGUAUUUCCAGCUAUCCUGCACUCAAUAGGCAACUGAAUUAAUGUACACGUAUGAUGGCUUGUUUAUGAAGCUAUUGUUUAUUAAUUAAAUGACACCAGAUUAAUACGGUGGUCGCGACAGACCUCGACAAGGUCCGUAAAGGUAAACAAACCGUGCCUUCGCCAGUUUCUGUGGGACGCCUGCCAAGCUAGCUGUCAACGUAGCUCGUCACUGACCUGUAUUUUUAUGAGUCUUUAAAUGGAAAUAUCACUCGGUUCACCAUGAAUUGUCGCUCGGAAGUUCUUGAACUGACAGUGGAGGCGAGGCAGGUCGACGAAGCCAUGUUGGCCCUGCUGCACACUAUCCUCCUGCAUCGCAGCACCGGGAAAUUUCACUACAAGAAGGAGGGCACGUACUCCAUUGGCACCGUGGGCACACAGGACAUCGACUGCGACUUCAUCGACUUCACUUUUGUCAGGGUGUCCUCAGACGAGCUGGACAGAGUAAUCAGGAAAGCUGUGUCUGAGUUUAAGGAUGCUCUGAACAACUCCGGCAGUGAUGGCAUGGGGCAGAUCUCCCUGGAGUUCUACCAGAAGAAGAAGUCCCGCUGGCCCUUUUCAGAUGAGUGCAUCCCCUGGGAGGUGUGGAGCAUCAAGGUCAACGUUGUUAACCUGGCCAACGAGCAGGAGAGGCAGAUCUGCAGGGAGAAAGUGGGCGAGAAGCUGGGCGAGAAAGUGAUCAACGUCGUGGAGGUGAUAAACCGCCACGAGUACCUGCCAAAGAUGCCCACCCAGUCAGAAGUGGACAAUGUUUUUGACACAAGUCUCAAAGAUGUGCAGCCCUACCUUUACAAAAUCACAUACCAGAUCACUGAUUCACUGGGCACCUCUGUAAGCACCACCAUGAGAAGGUUAAUUAAAGACACCCUGGCACUGUGAGACACCCUAAGAGGGAAGAUAUGGGUCUUGGACUGAAUCUGACAGCUGUGUUUGUACUCAGAUCAUGAUUUAAAACACCUACACCUGUCUUAGUUGCAAUACCCAUACUGCUUGUUCCUUGGAAUUUUUCAUUAUGUGAUGUCUAUUUAGAAAAUAUUCUAUUGCAAGCUUUAAUUUCUCCUCAUAAAUGGUCUGCAAAUGCCUUCAUCCAGCUAGUGCACCUUUAAUACAAUAACAGGCAACACUGGUAGUUUUACUUUGUUUUUUAAUACAACAAAGUACAGAAAUUGUAAUGGUCAUGAUCACAAAUAAUGCCAGAUUUGUGUAAAUAUUUGAAAAUAAAUGUUCAAUGUGUAA